AUGGGAGACCACCUCUCAGCCACCGACUUCAAGACCUCCAUGGACAAGAUCCUCGCCGAGAUCACCUCGGUGCGGGACGAGCUCACGACCCUCAAAGGCGACCAAAGCCGGUUGACGGUCGCCGUCAACCGCCUCCAGACGGACAACCACAAGCCGGAGAGUUCUGGCGGCAACGAUGACCACCGUGCGCCGAACCCUCCUCCGCCCCACACCACCCACAAGCUGCGCUUCCCCAAAUACGACGGCAGCGACGACCCCAUCGGCUGGGUCCACAAGUGUGAGCAAUUCUUCCGCUCCCAACGCACGCCGGAGGAUGAGAAGGUCUGGACCGCCUCCUUCUACAUGGAAGGCCCGGCUCAGCAAUGGUACUAUCGCUUGGAGCGCAACCAGGGCGUUCCAACCUGGCAACAGUUCGUCACCAGCGUCAAUCGCCGCUUCGGGCCACCCGUGCGCAGCAACCCGCUGGGGGAGCUCACCCAUCUGCGCCGCACGGGCACGGUCGCCGCCUAUCAGGACGCCUUCCUCCAACUCCUCGCCCGCUGUGACGACGUCACCGAAUGCCAGCAGGUGGACAUCUUCACCGCGGGCCUCCGCAACCCCCUUCGCAUCGACGUGGAGAUGCAACGUCCUACUUCCCUGGAGGACGCCAUGUCCUUGGCGCGCGCCUUCGAGCGCCGGCUCCAGAUCGACAAUGACGAUGACGGCCGCGCCUCCUCACACGCGCCUCCGCGUUCAGCGCCCUCCGCCUCGCCGCGCACACCCAAGGACCCGCCCAACCGCGUUCCACAAGAGACGAGAUGGCGCAGCGACGACCUCUGCUUCAACUGCCCGGAGAAGUUCACCCCCGGCCACAUCGACCACUGCUCCAUGAAAGGCAUCUACCUGCUGGAACUCGACAACAGCACCCCCGCCGCCGCCGCCGCAUCUGACGACAAGAUGGAGAUCUCGCUCAAUGCCAUCACCGGCAUCAAAACCGGCGACACCAUGCACCUGGCAGCGUCUGUCGCAGGCGUCACCUUGAGGGCACUGGUGGACUCUGGAUCCACCCACUCGUUCAUCUCCGAAGCAUCAGCACAUUGCAUCGGCGCCGCCAUCACGCCACGCCCGGGGCUGUCCGUGGCGGUCGCAAACGAUGACCGCGUCUCCUGCAGCGGCCUCUGCCCAGCGACCCCGGUCACCAUCGGCAGGGAGCGCUUCCUCAUCGACCUGUACGUACUCCCCCUGGGCGACUACGAACUGGUGCUCGGUUGCCAGUGGCUCAAGACACUUGGGCCCAUCCUGUGGGACUUCGACCUCCGCUCCAUGGCGUUCUGGAGGGACGGUCACCAGUUCGCGGAUAUCUUCGCCGAGCCGACGGAUCUGCCUCCUCUACGCCGCUUCAACCACCGCAUUCACCUGCUCCCCAACACAGCGCCCAUUGCAGUACGACCUUACCAUUACCCGCAGCUGCUCAAAGACGAAAUCAAGCGCCAGUGCGCCGACAUGCUCCGGCAAGGCAUCAUCCGCCCAAGUACCUCGGCGUUCUCAUCGCCGGUCCUCCUCGUCCACAAGAAGGACGGCUCCUGGCGGUUCUGGAUCGACUACCGCGCGCUGAACGCCAAGACCGUCCGCAACUUGUUCCCAAUUCCGAUUGUGGACGAGUUGCUUGACGAACUCAAGGGCGCUGCGUUCUUCACCAAGCUCGACCUCCGUAGCGGCUAUUUUCAGGUGCGCAUGCACCCAGAGGACAUCCACAAGACGGCGUUCCGCACGCACCACGGCCACUUCGAGUUCAUGGUCAUGGCGUUCGGCCUCACCAACGCGCCAUCGACGUUCCAAGCGCUUAUGAACGAGGUUCUUGGUCCCUUCCUCCGCAAGUUCGUUCUCGUCUUUUUUGACGAUAUUCUGAUAUACAGCAAGACAUGGUCCGAGCACCUCCAACACAUCCGAGUUGUGUUUGCCGUGCUGCGUUCGCACAGCCUCUUCCUCAAGCAAUCGAAGUGCUCCUUCGCCGAACGCAGCGUCGCCUACUUGGGGCACAUCAUCUCCGACGCUGGCGUAGCCAUGGAUCCCACAAAGAUUGAGGCGGUGCAGGCAUGGCCCCAACCGCGCACGGUCAAGGCGUUGCGCGGCUUCCCCGGCCUCACCGGGUACUACCGCCGCUUCAUCAACGGCUACGGCGCGCUCGCGGCCCCCCUCACGGCACUGCCGAAACGGGAGGCCUUCCUGUGGUCGGCUGAAGCCACGGCCGCGCUCUAG